AUGCACAUCAUCGCCUACAACCCUUUUGCCGGUGCGAGUCGCAAUCUGACCUUUGACGACAACAAUGAGUCUCCCUUCUCGUCCAACUCUACCAACGAUACCGCAAACAAGCUGCCUUGGUAUAUGGGAGAAUGGACUACGCCCGUCUCGGUUGUGCUAUAUGUCUACAGCUUGAUAUCUUUCAUGAUCUUCUUGCUCAUGUUCAUGUUGUAUGUAUCUCGCCAUGGUUGCUUUCAUAUCUGUCGCUGCAGACGCAGAAGAAGAGCCAUCAGAUAUCAACAACAGAGAGUCCGCGUGUGGAAUGAACAACAGACCAACAUGAACCACCAUGGAGAAGACUCUGAUGAAGAAGCUGAUGACCUCGAAACCAACAGUGUCUUGCACAGAGGUCCCGCUGCUGUGAAUUCCGAGAAUGGCGGUCAUCGUGUGCACAACAUCCAGAGGCUGGAGAGGGCUUUGAGGACUGCUGGGAUGGCUUGA